CCGAGCCGAUCCGGAGGCCAGCUCCGGCCCGGCCAUGAGCGCGGCCGCAUAAUGCGUCCCUGCCUCGGCCGCUGCAGCCGCCGCCGGCCGGGAGGAGCCGCAGCGCCGGGCGACCCCGCCCGGGCCUCGGAUCCUAUCACAUAGGGCAACAUGUGCCCCAAGAUUCUGAAGAAAAGGUGCAAGUGAUAUGUAGAAGUUGUUUGUAAGGGUGCUCCAGGGAAUCAUGCAGCCGGCAGGACACAGGCUCCGGGACAUCGAGCACCAUCCCCUCCUGACCGACAAUGACAAUUACGACUCCACGUCCUCCUCGUCCUCUGAGGCUGACAUGGCAGACCGGGUGUGGUUUAUUCGAGAUGGCUGUGGUAUGGUCUGUGCCGUCAUGACGUGGCUUCUGGUCGUCUAUGCAGACUUUGUGGUGACUUUUGUCAUGCUGCUGCCUUCCAAAGACUUCUGGUACUCCGUGGUGAAUGGAGUCAUUUUCAACUGCUUGGCGGUGCUGGCGCUGUCAUCCCACCUCAGAACCAUGCUCACCGACCCUGGGGCGGUUCCCAAAGGGAAUGCCACAAAGGAGUAUAUGCAGAGUUUGCAGCUGAAGCCAGGAGAGGUGAUCUACAAGUGCCCCAAGUGCUGCUGCAUCAAGCCCGAGCGCGCCCACCACUGCAGUAUUUGCAAAAGAUGUAUUCGGAAAAUGGACCAUCACUGCCCGUGGGUGAACAACUGCGUAGGAGAAAAGAAUCAGAGAUUUUUUGUGCUCUUCACUAUGUACAUAGCCUUGUCAUCGGUCCAUGCUCUAAUCCUCUGUGGGUUGCAGUUCAUUUCCUGUGUCCGAGGGCAGUGGACAGAGUGCAGUGACUUUUCACCUCCAAUAACUGUGAUCCUGUUGAUCUUCCUGUGCCUUGAGGGGCUUCUGUUUUUUACCUUCACUGCAGUUAUGUUUGGCACCCAGAUCCACUCGAUAUGCAAUGAUGAGACGGAGAUUGAAAGGCUGAAGAGCGAGAAGCCCACGUGGGAACGAAGGCUACGGUGGGAAGGGAUGAAGUCUGUCUUUGGCGGACCCCCCUCACUCCUCUGGAUGAACCCCUUCGUCGGCUUUCAAUUCAGGCGGCUGCGAAUGAGGUCCAGGAAGGGAGGCCCAGAGUUCUCAGUGUGAACCUCUCUGGGAAUGUACUAGACAUCCCAUUGUUACUGGGGCCUAUGAGGGUAGUAGCCCUGUUGUGGCUAGGUCUGCCCUGCUGCUGCAGGCCAUGAGCAGUUUGGGACCAGAGCCCCUGGGCCCUCGCUGGUUUCAUCUGUACUGCCAGGAGAAAUGUGUGGUCCUACAAGGAGGUCUCUUACCACCUUCCUGAUACUUUGGGAUGUCACAUCCAUGUUCUGAGCUGCUUUUCUCAAUUAUGAAGAAAGAACCAGCACAGUGGAUAUGAGUUCUGUGAGCAGUCGCUGCCAAGGGUCCUGCUGACCCUGUCUCCAGCACACCCUCCCAAUCAGAAGAGGCGUUUCCAGAGACCUUAUGGCCUCAGAGUGGGCUCUGACACUUUGCACUGAAGUUGCAAAAGUUCCAUGCACUGAACAGUGAAGGCAGCUUCCGGAACACCCCUGCUGUCCUGGAGCAGCAUCCUUUGACCCUUCAAGUCUGUGUGUGCCCAUCUGUGUGCGUCUGUGUGUGCGUGUGUGUGUGAGCAUGUGUCAAAAUGGGCAGUGUUGUUCAGGCUGUGUAUAGCAAGCAAGCUAAUGUUUCAGGGAAGUGGGGCACACUGCGUGGCCCUCGCUGGGGCUCCUAUGAAUGUAUUGCAUAUGAAGAGUGUCCAGAUCCAAAGAACAGUCAUUCCUGCCCAUGUGGCCUCCCUCCUGCUUUCAUCUUACUCUAAAAGCCAGAGUGUUUGAGGGCUUGGAGCUGAGUUUUCUGUUGUUCAGCCAAAUUAGCAAUGUAAGCAGCUCUGUAGCAAGGAAGGGUGGCCCCAUGCCCAGCACAAGAGAAGCAGGCUUCCUCAGGCCCCUUAGGCAGGAAUGGCAGGGGAGGCAGCCCUGUGCCUGAGCUGCCAGAAUGGCAGCAUGGUGGCUUUUUUUGUUUGUUUGUUUCUCUACCCACAACACAGUAGUCAGAGUGGACCUGUGAUGUGAGCUUAGAAUUAUGCCGGAACGCAAACAGCUCCCUUCCAGGGGACUUGCCUUAAACUUCCAAGUUGUUCUUUUGCUGCUGAUGCAUGGAGAGCUGUCUGUGACAGGCUGGGGACUUCCUGUGAGUCCAGCGCCCACCCUGAGAUGGGUGUCUCCCUGCUGGGGACUGCCUGCCUCACUGUCUCCUGACGCCAUUGCUCUGUUGUCAUACCCCAACUGGGCUCUGUGCUGCCAGGUGAACCCCAGGGCCUCUCAACCCCUGCCCUUGCAGACCACAGGAUGGAGUCACUACAGAUGUCCAGCAGUCCACAGGAGGGACAGCAUAGCAUGGGUGGGCUUUAGAGAUCGUUCCAUGCAUUUGCACAUCUGUCUGGACGACGUGUGCUAGGCUCUUGGUGUGUUUAACCUGUCCACCAUCAGUCAUUCUCAAGGGUGGGGCAUUAAUUGGGUGAGCCUUGUGAGUGUGCAAGCCAAGUAUACUUGACUUUCAACCUUUCCUCUCCAUGUGACUUUUAUAUGAAAUAAAGUGACCCAUCCACAGUU